ACCCGCCUCUUUUGCGCAUGCGCUCAUGAAUGCGGAAGUCCUGCAAUGAAGGUGGCGGCCCGAGUGCUUUUGUUGUUGUUUAUGUUUUUGUUGUUUUUGUUGUUUUCGGCUUCAGUCUGCGAGGACAACUUUCUUCACCACAAGCUACAGUUUUCUGCUGAGAACAAAUGUCCGGCUUCGACCUCAUCCCGGAGCAUGGCGGGGAUCCCAUCCACCUUCCCCCGGGGGAGACGCUGCUUGGCCGCGGUCCUUUCCUGGGAGUGAGCGACAAAAGAGUGUCCAGACGUCACGGGCUGUUGGACAACAACAAUGGACAACUUCGCCUCAAACCAACCCACUUGAACCCGUGCUUCCUUCAGUCGUCCCUCAACGACGACCCCCGACCCCUGCAGAAGGGUGUGUGGUGUGCCCUUCGCCAUGGCGACGUGUUGUCGCUGCUGCCGGGCCAGCUGCUGUACCGUGUGGUGGCGCUGAGCCCCCUCAGAGGAGGAGCCGCGUUGGAGCCGCAGCCACUUCCUGUUUCACCGCAGACCACGCCCCUCCUUGAUGGAGACGCUGCACCAGACGGGACUUCAAAGAAGGAAGUGGAAGUAGCCUCGCCCUCGCCUCGCCUUCAAAAAAGAGUUUUACCUGCGUGGAUGAUGGCGCUCACCGCAAGCUCCGCCUCCUGCAGCCCCCAAGGUACUGCAAAGGCCAAAAAAGCCUCGCCCACCGGCUCCUUACCUGGGGAGGCGGAGCUUAGUGAGGACGAGGAGAAGCCCAAGGUGAAGAGGAGGAGGAAGGACGGAGGCCUCAAGACAGACGUGCCGCCGUCACACCAGCGUCCCGUCAGCUCGCCGCAGAAAGACAUGGCGGACGCACGCCUGCAGGUGGUCAGCUCGGGCGUGGACCAAUCACAGAGCGAGGAGACCAACGGCAGCGGAGACAAGCAGUCAGCAAAGCAGAGAAGUCCCUGUCCUUAUGGGAAGGACUGCUACAGGAAGAACCCGCUUCACUUCCGGGAGUCCAGCCAUCCUGGAGACUCCGACUACGAGGAAGAGGAGCAGCGGGAGGCGGAGGAAGAAGAGCGACCCCAGUGUCCCUACGGCGCCGACUGCUACAGGAAGAAUCCUCUCCAUCGCAAGGAGUACACGCACGCCAGGAGAGCAGCACGCUCCACGCGGGCCCCACCCAGACGGACGGCGGACGAGGACGAGUCCGAGGACAGCUUCAUCGACGACGACAGCGAAGACGCGGGCGACGACGCCGACUACGCCCCCCCCGACUCCGACUCCGACGGCGACGAGGGCGUGGCGCAGCUGCGGAAGGAAGCUGCGGCCUUCGUCAGAGGCAGGAAGUAGGGUGGACAGGUCAGAGGUUACGGCUUUACUUUGACUUUCACAAUAAAAGACGCCACGUUUUUACGCCUGCACCAGGAAGUCACGCACAGACGCUGAAUUUCAAAAUAAAAGUCCUUUUUGCCGUGUGACUUCACGUUUGGUUUUGUGCUCAUGAAAGCUUUAUAGCGAGUGUGAGUGUGUCCGUACGGAAGGUGGUCCGCUUCGUGACAUCAGACUCACCUGGUCUGCCACCGUAUUGCUCUUCUCAACGAGCAGCAGGUGUACUGUGGGCCCCUCCCCCUUCUAGAGGCACUCACAGGCCGCCUUGCAGGAGAAAAAUCAACAGAGGUGCUCUGAAUAUAUUCAUUUUGCUUGUCAAGUUUAUUGCUCACUUUCUGUCUUCCAGGGCAACCACAAAAAUGACAUGCACGCGCUCCAUGGCCAAUUAUACAAAUGAGACUAUAAUGUCACACAUGCACACACACACACACAC